AUGUUUUCCCCGAGGACAGUCCAGCCCGCGCAGUCGCUCUUCCGACGCGCUGCCGCUCAGUCAUCCUUUGUUCGCUCUCCCCUCGCCGCAAGAUCUUUCGCGACCGUGCAACAGGAUAUUUUCAAGCCUACCAAGUAUGGCGGCAAAUACACUGUGACGCUCAUUCCAGGUGAUGGUAUCGGUGCUGAAGUCGCCGAGUCGGUUAAGACUAUCUUCAAGGCCGAUAAUGUGCCCAUUGAGUGGGAGCAGGUGGAUGUUAGCGGUGUUGAUACCGGAAACAAGCACUCUGAAGAGCUCUUCAAAGAAUCGAUUGCUUCCCUGCGACGAAACAAGCUCGGUCUGAAGGGCAUCCUUUUCACCCCCGUUGAGCGCUCUGGCCACCAAUCCUUCAACGUCGCUCUCCGCCAGGAACUCGACAUCUUCGCCUCCGUCGUUCUCAUCAAGAAUAUCCCUGGCUACAAGACCCGCCACGACAAUGUCGACCUUUGCAUCAUUCGUGAGAACACCGAGGGAGAAUACUCUGGCCUUGAGCACCAGUCCGUGCAAGGUGUCGUCGAGUCGCUCAAGAUUAUUACCCGUGCCAAGUCUGAGCGCAUCGCCAAGUUCGCUUUCAGCUUCGCCCUUGCCAACAACCGGAAGAAGGUUACUUGUAUUCACAAGGCCAACAUCAUGAAGCUUGCCGACGGUCUGUUCCGCAGCACCUUCCACAAGACCGCCGAGAACUACCCGACACUGGAAGUCAACGACAUGAUCGUCGACAACGCCUCCAUGCAGGCUGUUUCCCGUCCCCAGCAAUUCGAUGUGAUGGUCAUGCCCAACCUGUACGGUGGUAUUCUCUCCAACAUUGGCGCCGCCCUGGUUGGUGGACCUGGUGUCGUUCCCGGCUGCAACAUGGGACGCGAGGUUGCUGUUUUCGAACCGGGCUGCCGUCACGUUGGUCUUGAUAUCAAAGGAAAGGACCAGGCCAACCCCAGUGCUAUGAUUCUGUCUGGAUCUAUGCUCCUCCGCCAUCUCGGCCUUGACGACCACGCCAACCGUAUCUCCAAGGCUGUCUACGAUGUUAUUGGUGAAGGUCAAACAAGGACCCGUGACAUGGGCGGAAACGCCACCACCCACGAGUUCACCCGCGCUGUCCUCGACAAGAUGGAGGCUGCUCUGUAA